UGGACAGAAAGAGAAAGAACCCCCUGAUUUGUUCACUAUGGCAGGGAAAGCUAUUUCCCUCUGUGUUGCUCAAUGAGGAAAAAGAAGCCAACAAAAUCACAUGCCACUUGUGAAUGAAAGAAGAGGGGUAUUGGCAUCUUUGUAAGUAAAUACACGGUAGCUAUGAAGGUAAAGCUUCUUGACUGACAGCAGUGUCAAAGGAGGAGCACAGACUGCUGCUCCCUGUAUAAAUGUCAGCUCUGCAGGAAGACUCCAAAGCUGCUGUGCUGAACUGGGGACUGUGUGCAGCAGAAGCCACCAUGAGGCUGACAGUUGUUUUUCUGCUGGUUGCCCUGGCAUCCUACAGCUGCUCUCCAUCUGCUGCUUGUGAUACUCUGCGUAAGUUUGUGCUGUCAGUUCUCCAUGACCCUUUGGAUCAAUACCUGGAAUUCAUCGAGCCCAUUGUGGGGUCUUCUCCUUUGGUCAAAACUGCUGCCACUCAGCUGAAGGCGUGUGCAGAGGAUCACUCAGAAGAGCUGAAGGAGGCACAAGUAGAGAUGAUGGACAACUUGCUGAAACGCUGUGAAGAGCAGGAAUGAUUCCAAGACCCUCCUUUGUGCUGACUCCAAGUGCUGCCUGACCCUGAACUUCCAUCUUCCCCAUCUUUCCCCAUUUCUUAGCCAUGAACAUUCACACUCUAACAGAAUAAAGCCAACUGUGUUAUCUUGGCUCUGCAGCCCUCUCUUCAAAUCAUUCAGGUUUCUCAUAAUAAAAUAAAAGCAGUUACUGUCUUUGCUAA